UACGCCAACUUUGCCUUCUAGGAAAACUUUGCCCAAAACAACGUUUUUAAAGAAUAUUACUAUUUAAAAAAAAAGUAACAAAAUAUCGGCAACAUUUAUCAUAUUUGUAGAAAAUAGACUUUAGAUGUGGCAACACAGAAUAGUGUGUGCGCUCCUAUCUUCACUCAGUCACCUGUCAGCAUUUGUACAGAACGGAGUGUAUUUUUGUGGGCCAAUUAUAGCAAAAGUUUGAGAGUGAAUUAUUUAUCAUGGUGAAAUCACAGAAAAACAAACAUAAGUCACGUAUACGACAAAGAAAGCCAAGACGUAAACUUGGAUCUAGAUUAUACAAAAAUUACUCUAACGAAAUGUUAAUGCUCGCUUGUGAAGCCGUUCAGUCGGGUCAAGUAUCUUCUCGAGACGCUGAAAAGCAAUUUGGUAUCCCAAGGCGAACCAUACUCAACAAACUGAAAAAUCUACAUACAAAGUCAGUUGGACAUCCAACAAAAUUGACAUCAGAGGAGGAGGUCAAAAUUGUAAAAGUUUUACAAGCGGCCAGCAAUUUCGGCUCGCCACUUACGAAACUCGAUUUAAAACUAUUGGUCCGUAAUUACUUGGAAAAGAACUCAAAGGAUCAUAUUUUCAAAAACAAGAUUCCAGGUGAUGCAUGGGUCCAGAGCUUUUUGGCAAGGCAUGCUGAUGAAUUGACUUUGAGAGCUACUCAAAAUAUUUCAAAAGCAAGAGCUGAAAAAGGAGCUCAAGAAAUAAUUGAUUACUUUAAUAAUUUAAGUGUGACACUGAAAGAUAUACCAGCUCAAAAUAUAAUAAAUUUCGACGAAACUAAUCUAUCCGAUGACCCUGGCUCUUCCGUUGGCAUUUUCCGAAGAGGGGUAAAAUAUCCGGAAAGAAUAGUAAAUUCUACCAAAGGAAACAUAUCUCUUAUGUUUACGGCCACUGCAAGCGGGCGGUGCCUUCCUUUAUAUGUUGUUUAUAAAGCAACUAAUUUGUAUUCAGAAUGGAUUAAUGGAGGACCACCAGGGACCCGAUAUAACUGUACCAAGUCAGGGUGGUUUGACAGCGUAAUGUUUGAGAAUUAUUUUGAAACUAUUAUUCUACCAUGGGCAACUGAAACUGCCGGGACAAAGGUUGUCAUAUGCGAUAAUUUAUCCAGCCACUUAAGUAUUAAGGUAGUUGAGUUAUGUGAACAGCAUGACAUCAAGUUCGUUUUUAUCCCCCCAAGAUCAACACAUCUCACCCAACCCCUUGAUGUCGCAUUUUUUGGGCCUUUGAAAAAAUGCUGGCGUAAAGUUUUAUAUCAAUACAAGCUCAAAAAUCCAACUCAAACCACACUUAACAAGAAACAUUUCCCGAAAUUGCUUUCUGAAUUAAUAGAAUCGAUUCGCAUGUCGGAAAAAUCAAACAUUAUUAGUGGCUUUAGGGCAUCGGGAAUAUAUCCACUAAAUCCACAAGAAGUCCUUAAGAAGAUCCCACAAAUGGAAAUCCAGUCGUCUUCGUAUGGAAUUGAUCAAGUUCUGGUAGAUUAUUUAAAAGAAACUAGAUCUCCAAAGCCUUUUCAAGUACAAAGGAGUAAAAAAGUUAAUUGCGAGCCGGGAAAAUCAGUGACCGCUUCCGAUUUAAAUGUUGAUUCUAGGUAUAAGAAAAUAAAAAAUAAAUCAGCUAAGAUGGCAAAUGAAAAAAAAAGAAAUGAUGAAUCUUUUUACUUGGACGAACAAACUGGUCUUUUCAUAUCAGAAUCUACUCUUUUUUCAAAUAAUGAUACCAAUUAUGAUCAAGACUACAACUUGGAAGAGGCUUUCGGUAUCCCUCUAUAUCAGCAUAAUUCUAUACCUGAAAGUUUAAGCAAACAAUGUAUCACAAUUAUUAAUUUCUACAUGAGUCAAUCAUUCCGUAUUAAAACUAAAACAUUUGCACCCACUAAUGACUUACAUUUUAAAUCUCCCAUAGGUAGUUUCACAAACACAAUGAUUGUACGAAAAGACAAUGACAGUUCCGUUCAAAAUACUGAUCCAGCCAAGAAAAAUAAAAUAAUCAUACUUUCCGAUGUCCUACUUAAACCAGGAUCAGCAUCAGCGACUAAUGUUUGUUAUUUAAAUGAAGCUUCUGGUAAGACUGAAAAUAUACCGUUUACAUCUAUGAACAAAAAUGAUUUACCAGAAUGCCUGCAAGUGAAAAAAAAGAAACAAGUGAAGAAAAUGAAGACAAUAAAUAAAGAAAAAGAGAAAAAUAUAAAGAGAGGAGUCAGAAAUAAGAUAAAAGGAAAAAUUACAGCUCAAAAAAAUAGUAGAACAAAAAAAAGGAAUAAAAGAUUUGAUAGUGAUUCCAGCUCAAUAUCUACGGGUAAUGAAGUUAUAACAGCUGACACAGAUGAUUCUGAUUACGAAACAAUAAAUGAUUAUUACAUAGCGGAAUGCUUGCGGGAACAAGAAGAAAAGGAAAAUAUUGAUGAUUCAAAUACCAUCCCUUUUGGAUUACAUGAUAUUGAAUAUUUUUCUGAAAAUCAAGAAAGAAUUAAAAAAUACGACUGGGUUAUAGUUCGAUUUGCAACAAAAAAAAGUUUAAAACACUAUGUAGGUCAGGUAUUGUCCACUAAUGGUAUAAAUCCUACAGUAAAAUUUUUAAGAAAAGUUAAAGAAUCAAAGUCCAUCUCAGGAACGACCUUUACUUACCCAAUAGUGGAUGAUAUUAGCACCAUACAACAUACUGAAGAUAUUAUAGCGGUUUUAUCCGAACCAAAGAUAACUCGACGUGGUCAAAUUGUAUUUAAUGUCGAUUUCAGUAGUUUUAACAUACAAUAGUAGUUCACUCGUUAAACCGUUAUAGUUAAGCCUUAUAUAACUUACGUAUGUUCAAUUCAGUAACUGUGAUUUGAUUAAGACUGCUACAUUUUCCAAAGAAUAAUUAUAUAACUUUAAGAAACACUCUCCUAUAUUUUAUUAUAAUGUUAAAAUAGUUCUAACCGAGCCAAAGUCAUGACUAAAUUUAAUUCAAACUAAAUAGUAUUUAGAUUUUUAAAAUUAUUUUGAAUAAAAAUGUUUUGUUGAACGUUGUUACUGAUUCGAGUUGAGUUGUUAUAAGAUAAUCAGAUUUUAGACCAGUUAUAUUACUGUUUGAUCUCAAUCAUGUUACUUCGAAUUUUUCUAAUUUUGCUUAUUUAACAAUUAAGCAUACUUUCUUUUUUUUCCACAAGAUAUUUUAAGUUUUGUUUUUUGAUAAACAGACAUUCGUACUUAAUUAUCUCUAGGGAUACGUACCUACUUGUUUUUUUUUUGUUAAUUAAUAUAAGCUUUGAUUAUAGGACAACCUUCACUGAUCUGAACUGACCUAUUGAUGUUUUUAAUUAUUAAAUUUAACAUACCUACUAUGUACUAAAUAUAUGUGUUGCAAGUAGGUUGUCUUAAAAUGUAUGUAGUUUUUUUUUUACAUUUUACCAUUUCUGAUAACAGACAAAUGACGAUCAAAAGUAUGAAGCCUACAGAAUAUGUAAACGUUCAAAGGCUUUAUUUAUACUUUUGAUCGGAGUGUCAUUUGUCUAUUAGCUAAAACGCGUAAAAUGUAAAAAAAAUAAAUAUAAUGUUUAGGCAAUCCACUUGCAUUGUACCUAUAUUUAGUAUUGGAUUUAAAUUAAUAUUAAAAAGUCACCCAUUAACCAGUUCAGUGACGGGUCUCUUUUACUCUGAUCUCUAACUCGUUAAUUUUCUCGUUGAUCUCAAUUAUGUUAAGUAUAAUUAUUUUCUAUUUUUUGCUAGUUGCUAGUGUAACUAAUAAGUAUCUUUUUUAAAAUCUCCUUAUAUUUUGUUAAAUGAUAAACAUUUCAUUGGUCACAGCUUUUAAAAGUUUAAUUAUGUCAAGUUGUAGUGGUGUCUCACUAUUAACAUGUUUUUAAUUGUUCUGAAGACUAAUAAACAGUUUAGUUCCUUAAAAAGUGUAUUUUCUUACUAACCUAUCAAAAGAUUUAGUGCUAAUCAUUAUUAAAAAAAGGAUUGUACCGAAAGUUGACAACCCUAGCUCUUUUAAAUUGCUUCAUGACGUUUGUAUGAAGGAAAGAAAAAAAUACUGAGUAACAUUGCCCACUCAUUUUAAAACAAGUAUAUGUAUGAUAUCGUUUUACUUUUUGGAUUAGUGGCCUUUAUUGCCAAUAUACUUUAUUUGGUUCUUAUGUUAUUCUCUUAAGGUCUAUAUUUUCGCUAAAAAUAAGGGUGGGCAAUGUUGGCUAAAACCCCAGAUAACAUUAUCCAUCGCCGAAAUCGGAAAUAUGUUAGAAAAUACUUACCUGCUGUGUUAUUUUGUUACGCUAAUGCAUGAACAUGAUCUCAGUGUUGCCACAGAUACAACAAUAUAUCUGGGGUACCAUACAAAAAAAUGGCAAAAAUCUAUUUUUUCUUCAAAAACUGGGCAAUGUUGGCGUAUUUCACGG